UCAUGGAAAGAAAAGCGUUUCUUGAUCAACAGGCCCCACCUGGUUAUGUGGCAGGUGUAGGUAGAGGUGCCACCGGAUUCCAAACAAGUGCAGAUUCCGGACCAGUCCGGUUCGAGUCACAAUUUGGCAGGGAGGCCGAUGGGAAUGACGAUCUGGAAGCGGGUAUUUUGGCGCAAACGGCUAGCAGAUCAAAAGAAGACGAUGAGGCAGACCUGAUUUACGAAGAGAUAGAUCGCCGGAUGCAAAGCCGAAGAAAAAACGCCGCCGGUGAUAAGCGACAGGCCGAGACAUCUCAAAGCGUGGAAAUUCCAACUGGGAAUGGAACCAUUAGACAAGAAUUUAGCCUGCUCAAGAGCGAAUUGGCACAAGUGAGCAUGGAAGAGUGGGCCAACUUGCCGGAAGUCGGUGACUUGACGCGCAGAAACAAAAGACAGCGCUUGCUUGAUCAGCAGCAGCAGCGGAUGUAUGCUGCCCCAGACAUACUUAUUUCCAGCACUGGUUCGACUUUUAGAUACAAUUCGGACAGCAAGGAUCUAUCUUCUGUCCAAGGCGCUGACGAAAGUGCGGCAAAGUUGGCCGAAAUAGAGGAGUGGGAGCAAAAUAGCGCAAUGGUCGGUGAUUUGGAGAAGAGCAGAUUGAUAUUGACCUCUUUGCGUAGAGCAGAGCCGUACAAGGCAGAUCUGUGGAUCUCCUCAGCUCGUCUAGAAGAGCAAGCAAGACAGAUGCCGCGGGCCAAAUCUCUCAUCACUAAGGGGUGUGACCUCAUUCCGCACAAUGACCAAAUUUGGUUGGAACGCAUUCGCCUCCAUCGCAGCGAGGGCACUAAGACGUGCAAAGCAAUUAUGAACGAAGCAUUGCGGUACAAUUCUCAGUCUGAAAAAUUGUGGUUUGCGGCACUCGAUCUAGAAAACGCAGGAGACGUGUUGUCCAGGAAGAAAAUCAUCAUGAAGGCUCUUGAAUUUCUUCCGUCUAAUGUCAAUUUAUGGAAGGCUCUCAUUGACAUGGAUUCGACCGAAGAUGAUAAGAUAAGGCUUCUCAAUCGUGCAACCGAACUUUGCCCAGAUGAGUGGGAUCUCUGGCUCACUCUCGUCAAUAUGUCGAACUAUAGCGACGCAAAGUCUGUGCUCAACAAAGCCAGAAAACAAUUGCCUAAAGAGGCGAAUGUGUGGAUCACAGCAUUGAAACUCGAAGAAAGAGAAAACGCUAGCGCUCCUGUUGAUAAGCUAGUCGGCAUGAUUUCGAAGGGAAAAAAAGAUUUAGCGAAAACCCUGGUAUUUAAGACCGCAUCCGAGUGGUUGGAUGAAGCUAAAAGAGCUCAAGACGAAGGUUUCUGCAAAACCUCACAGGCAAUUAUAAUAAGUGCGUUGACUGAUCUUGAAGUUGGGAGUGAUUCAGAACAAUUACAAGAUUUGGCCGAAAGUCACUUAGCAAGUGGUCCAGAUGUGGCGAGCCAUAUAUAUCAGUUUAUUGCUGAGCGUCACCCUAAAACCAUUAGCAAUUGGACAAGGCUCUUUGGCUUGCUCCGCAAAGAUCUUCCAAGACUAUACAAGAUGUAUGAGCUUGCAAUUGAAAACAAUCCUGAGAACGAAAUUUUGCCUCUAAUGUAUGCGAAAGACAAAUGGUUAUUAGGGCUGGAUGUUCCAGCUGCCAGAAAAAUUCUUGAUGAAGCUGUGAAGUCAAUGCCAAAAAGUGAAAUGGUAUGGUAUGCACGUCUCAAGCUCGAGGUGAAGAACGGACAGUUCAUACGCGCCAAGGAAAUCUCUGAAGAAGCAGUACAACUCUUGCUGGGAUCUUCUGCUCGUGUCUGGUACAAACACAUACACAUUCUUAGAUAUUGUCAUCUAAAUCAAGUGGGUCUGGUAUCCAUGGAACACUUAUUGACAAUUUCAAAGAAUGCACUUGAUCUUUAUCCUGAAAAUCCCAAAUUGUACCUCCAGCGAUCGCAGAUCUUGAUUGAUAUGGGUGACAAGUCUGCUGCCAGAGAGUGCCUUUCGGUCGGUACAAAGUUUUGUCCUCAGUCUGUGAUCAUUUGGCUGUCCCUUGCUACUUUGGAUCUAGACAUUUCCGCUGAAGCAAGAGCCCGUUCAGUGCUCGAUACAGCUGUAUCGCGACUUCCUAGUGAGCCUGAUUUAUGGGAAGCAAAAAUAAAACUAGAGUUCAAAUUGAAAGAUUUUGUCACCGCUCGCCAGCUAAUUAACAAAGCUCUAAAGAGUUUUCCGGCUUGUGGUCGUAUCUGGAUUCUUCACUUGAAGAAUAUACCUAAGAUGUCGCAUAGGAAGAAUGCAUUUCUUGAUGCCCUCAAACAGACAAAUAAUUCCACCGAUAUCCUUCUUGCAAUUGGCGUGUUCUUCUGGCUUGAUGGCAAGUUUUCAAAGGCCAAAGCUUGGUUCGAAAGGGCUCUCAUCUCUGACAAAGCGAAUGGAGAUGCCUGGGGAUGGAUGCACUGUUUUGAAACAAGGUAUGGUAAAGAAGAAGAUUUGAAAAAGUUCAACAAUGAUUUCUUGAAGACAUUUGAUGAAAUCAGAUUGGGUAAUGUAUGGAAUCGUGUUGUCAAAGUCCCACAAAACUUUGACAGAUCUCCGCUCGAAUUGCUUAAAUUGGUAGGCGAGGAGAUUACGCGACACGAAGCUUAGAAUCUUUUUAUCUUUAAACAAUAUUUAUAGACUUAUUUCAAUCUGUUCGAGUCUUCGUAGAUUCUAAGGUUCAAUGCACUCAAAAAACACGGAAUCA